AUGGCUGCCAAUUCUGGAAAUGUAUAUCUGAGUAUGGAAGAAGAACGCCGCUACGCCAGUAAUAGCAUACAGCCUGUGUCUUCUACUCCACAAUCAGAACAGUGGACACCGGAGCAAAAGAAGCUAGAAUCUUUCAGCCUAAGUGAAAGGCUAGGCUUGGACGAGUUUCUUUCCUUACAUGUCUGGCGUGCAUCUGUAGGAGAACUUUUUGGAACAGCAGUUCUAGUCUUCUUGAUUGAUACCAUAGUGAUAUCAACCCUUGACAGUGAUGUCAAAAUGCCAAACUUGAUUAUGUCAAUUGUCCUUGCCAUUAUGAUCACAAUAGUACUGCUAGCUGUGCAUCCAGUCUCUGGAGGCCACAUAAACCCCAUCGUCUCAUUCUCUGCAGCAUUAGUCGGCCUUAUCUCAAUGUCUCGUGCCAUAAUCUACAUCAUAGCACAAUGCUUAGGUGCUGUGCUUGGAGCGCUAGCACUAAAAGCUGUGGUUAGCGGUAAUAUAGAAAGAACCUUCUCGCUUGGAGGUUGCACUCUCUCAAUAGUCACACCAGGUCCGCAGGGAUCACCUGUUACAAUAGGCCUCGGGACUGCCCAGGCGUUUUGGCUUGAGGUCUUCUGCAGCUUCGUGUUCUUGUUUGCGUCACUUUGGAUGGCGUAUGAUCAUCGCCAGAAAAACUCUAUCGGCCUGGUUCGGGUUUUAGCAAUUGUUGGAACUGUUCUUGGUCUUCUUGUCUUCAUAUCAACAUCGGUCACUGCUGCUAAGGGUUAUGGCGGCGCAGGGAUCAACCCUGCUAGGUGUUUUGGUCCAGCAGUUGUGAGAGGAGGCCAUUUAUGGGAUGGCCACUGGGUGUUUUGGGCAGGGCCUGCUGUCGCUUGCGUUGCAUUCUAUGUUUAUACGCAGAUUAUCCCCAAUGAUCAUUUUCAUGCACAGGAAUUCAAACAUGAUUUCUUUGGAAUCCUAAGGACUCAUGGCAGCCAUGCCUACCCUCCGGCUGAUGCCUGGGGGCAACCAUCUUCGCUCUCUCCCACCUUUGCGAAGAAGUCUUUCUUUGCACUCUUCUCUCAGUCGGAACAGCCUCUGCUCAAUGUCAAGGCUACGCUGUCCUCUCAUAGGGGCGAGCCCGCUAUAUCCUUUGCACAGGACGAUCUUGAAACUCUGUCCGCUCCAUUUACGUUUGCUCUCGUCAACAAAUUCUCCAAGGGAAGACCUAGCAUGGAGGUUAUACGAAAGUUUUUUCUGGCAUUGGAUCUCAAGGACACAGCGUCGGUAGGCUUACUUGACUCUAGACAUGUUCUCAUCCACUUGGGGAACGAGGUUGAUUUCCUUAGGCUUUGGUCUCGUGGGAUUUGGUAUAUUCAUGAAGUCCCGUUGUGA